AUGACAGAAGUACUAGUAACUCUACCCAAAUUCUCUCAAUUAUCCAGUCGUGUUUGGAGAGUGCUAGGCUUGAACCCAGGCAAAUUUACUUUGCAAGGCACCAACACGUAUCUACUCGGCGCUGGUGCACAAAAGAUACUGCUGGAUUGUGGAGAAGGCAAGCCUGAUUACUUGCCGCACCUUGAGACAUCUCUACGAGACAUUCAAUCCGAUGCUUACAUUUCAGACAUCAUCAUCAGCCAUGGACACAGUGAUCAUUGGGGCGGAUUGGAGGACAUUCUCAAUUCAAGCACCCUGAAUCCCAACAAAGAGAUCCAGGUACACAAGUUUACUGCUAUCCCUCAAGGCCAUCAUGUGGAUCAUAUGGAUCGAUUUCCCACACAUGUCAGCAUUAAUUCGCUAGUGGACAAUCAAGUUUUCAGAGCACACGACACCACAUUGCGAGUCAUUUAUACGCCUGGACAUACCAAGGAUCAUUGUACUUUUUUGCUCGAGGAAGAAGAAGCUCUGUUCACUGCAGAUUGUGUGCUGGGUCAAGGCACAGCUGUGUUUGAUGAUUUGUCAGAAUACAUUGCUGGACUGCAGCGCCUAGUGACAUUUCAACCCAAGCAAUUGUAUCCUGGCCACGGUCCUGUUGUGGAGCAAGGCACUGCCAAGAUUCAAGAGUACGUGGAUCAUCGUUUGGAGAGGGAGCAGCAAGUGGUGCAAUUAUUGACAAAGGAAGGCACGCUGGAACAGGGCUGGACACCGAUGGAGAUUGUCGAGACCUUGUAUAAGGGAUAUCCCGAAUCUCUACACAUUCCAGCUGCUCGUGGCAUUGUGCUCCAUUUGCAUAAGCUGAACAAGGAUGGGAAAGCCAAGACACUGGAGAGCCACGCGUUCAUCCCUGAAAACUACGUCAAGAUCUUGAAUGCCAAAUGGUACUGGAUACACAACGCCAAGAACAACUUGUGA